UUCCAUCUUUCUAAAGGUGAGUUCUAAAAAAUGAUGACGUGAAACGAUGAAGUCUUGCUGUGUUGUCACCAUCUGUUUGCACAGGAACAAAGUGCUUCAAAGCAAACAUGAUGAAAUAAACAGACGUGUCAAGUUUCGUAAAACGGCAAAGCUGCAUUACAUACGGGCUCCAGAACGGAAGAUAUCCCGAUAGCGUUUACGAAACAGGGAACUAGCGCUGUUAUUUUUUCGUAAGUACUUGCUGUGAAGUUUCUGCGUUGAUUUGUGAAGACUCUUGCGCAAUAUUGUACAUAAGUGCGCAAUAGUUCAGAAAGGAUGAAUGUGGGCACGGCGCACAGUGAGGUCAACCCAAACACACGAGUGAUGAACAGCAGGGGUAUAUGGCUCUCCUAUGUGCUUGGCAUCGGCCUCCUACACAUCAUAUUGCUCAGCAUACCCUUCGUCAGCGUGCCUGUGGUCUGGACCCUCACCAACCUCAUCCAUAACUUGUGCAUGUAUAUCUUCCUACACACGGUAAAAGGAACGCCGUUUGAGACUCCGGACCAAGGCAAGGCCCGGCUUCUAACCCACUGGGAACAGAUGGACUACGGGGUCCAGUUCACUGCCUCUCGGAAGUUUCUCACCAUCACCCCUAUUAUACUGUAUUUCCUGACCAGUUUCUAUACAAAGUAUGACAGGGUCCACUUCAUCAUCAACACCAUUUCCCUGCUCACCGUACUUAUCCCCAAACUGCCUCAGUUCCACGGGGUCCGUCUCUUUGGAAUUAAUAAGUACUGACGAGGCUUUGAUCUUCAACACGAGAGGAUGUGUGGUCACUUACUUCGUGGGAAUAAAAAAAGGGGAAAUUGCUCUGCUGCUAGACCGUCGAAGUGGCUGAAUGAUCUGCUACGGUAUCACUUUUAUCUGUGUUUUUUAUAUAACAUUCAGUAGAUGCAAACACGGUUGUAGAACCACCAGCAGAAUGCAGCAAAAGAGGGUCUCUGGAGAUGCUAAGACAGCGCUGUGUAUGUCAUUUGGACCCGUGUGUUAGAUUUCAGUCACUUUGGCAGUGAGUCAGCACAUCCCAAUGUUCAGCACAGGGUGUUUAGAAAGAGAAAAAAGGUACUGUGUUUUUGAAGAAAGUGUACAAGGCUAUUUUUAGCCCGGGUGCAAAAGACUGGCUUCAGUCCCAUAGUUGGACAAUGUCACCCUGUCCUGAUAAAACUUUUGCCAGACCCGUAUUUCAUGUUUUUAGAUUUAAAACAAAACUAGUUGAAUUUUAUAUAUGCACAACCUGUUCAAAUGUUUUAUAUGUCAUAUCUAGUGUUUUCCAGAGCCCUAACAGUCUCAAACCUUUCACUCUUUUAUGACAUGCACUUAAUAUUGAGUAACAGAAAAGUUACAUGGACGCAUGGGAAUUAAAAACUGCAGGAGUGGCUUCAGAUUGGGAGAAAAGACACAAGGGAAUAUUGGAUUGGAUUCAUUUUUUCCCCCAAUAGAGAAACUGCAGUCUGUGGAUAUGACCUUUGGUCCAUAAUUUUGUUGGACUCUUGUGUACAGCUCCUGCACUGUCCACCAUCCAGGUCUGGGUGAGGAUAGAUUACAUGUUAAUGCAGUUUGCUAAGGUACAGAAUAUUUCUGUGUGAUUGUGAAUAAGAUGUCUAAGUGCUUAUCAUUGUUUACGGUCAAUCCAAAUGUUCACUUUUACCAUGUCUGUCUCACAAAGGCAGUAACUGAAACAAUCUGUCACAGUACAGAUCUUGAUUUAAAAUACCAGAUUUUAGUUUUGACCAAAUAUGUAGUUACGGCAUUUUGCCUUUGAACAGCAGUAUGGACUGAUGACAGGCCCUGUGAUAUGCAUUUUGCAUGACAGCACUAUAAUGAGCAUAGUUUCUGCAUUAGUAACUGUCUUAAUUUUUGUACCAAAAAGUUAUAUUGGAAUGAUGUAUGGUCUGUGACUAACCCUGCAGACAUAUAGUACUUACCAAGCAAAAUUUUCAAAAGGUUGCUUUGAAAAUGACAUUGCUUGCAUUUAUUGUCUUGUACAGCAUUUCCUUGUCAAUUUUAGUCGCUGUUUAUUAUGUGUAUGUGAGUUUGUUUUAGUGCUGCUCUUUCUUCAAUGAUAUGGAUCAUUGUGAAACCAGUGAUCCUGCCGACGUGGAGCAACACUUUAUCUAACAGAUCAGCUGACCUUGAUCUAUAUUUGUUCUUAUUUUAGUUUGCUUUGUAAGUCUUAUUCUGUGUUUUCAACAUUUUGUCGACAUCAGUAUUUGCAGUAGCAACUGUAUUUUGCAAAUAGCAAUAUUACAGUCGAUGAUUGCUUUAGAAUUUAUUUGUUGGCAGGGUACCUUUCGCAAUCGUGUUUGAUGCAAUUGCAGAGCAACUGUGACAGGGCUGAUACUAUGUGAAAAUCAUUUUUACUGUUCAUCAGCUGGGCUUCAGUUCUCAUCAUUUUUAAUGUAUCAUCUCUUACUUUGACCGGCUUCAACAGUUGUAGCUAAUGGGAUUGUUCCGUGUAAUUAAAUUUUGGCCCAUGCCAUAUUAAUACAUUUACACUGACUAUUUAACCACGUCUAAUCUUUAAAAGAUUGGUUCACUACCAGAAUAAGCAUUUCCUGAUCAUUUCCACACCACUAUGUCAUCCAAGAUGAUGUCUUUCUUUUUUUUAGUCGAAAAGUAAUUAAGGAAAACAUUCUAGGAUUUUUGUCCAUAUAGUUGACUUCAAUGGGAACCAAAAGGUUAAAGGUCCAAAAUGCAGUUUCAAUGCAGCUGUAACGGGCUCUACACAAUCCCAGAUGAGGAACUAGAGUCUUGUCUAGCGAAAACAUUGGUUAUUUUCUAAAAUAAAAAUACUUUUUAGCCACAAAUGCUUGUCUUGCACUAGCUCAACUUCACACAUUACGUAGUCACAUUGGAAAGGUUGCAUUACCAAAAGCUGACGUAAAAAUAUAAGGGUCGUCUGUAACUUUGUAAUAUUACACUGAAGGUGAUCUUUUUUUAACUUGUAACCAUAAUUCCCACCCUUGUCCAGUUGGUGGCUAGUGCACUCCAGUGUGCCAGUUUUUGCCAAGUCCGUGUUUUACCCGUGGAAUUGGGCUACUAUUGUUUUUGAUGUCCGCAGGUUGAAUCGACCCCAAUAAUGUCAUAUUUAGCCCCUGAAAUGCGAAUUUACCAGGGGAACCCCAACAAAAAACGUGGAUUUUAUCCCCUCGAUUGGGUUUUGGGCUAGUUUUGAGUAGCAAUUGGGUGGGUUUUGUUGUGAAAACCUGGCAACCCUGAUCCAGAACAAAAACGAAACUGUCACAAAUCUUUUGCUAUGUGUUUGAUUACAUACAGGCAACUACCCAGUUUUAAGCUACCUUGAUCUAUCACAUACGCCACAUUAAAGAGCGCCAAAACUGUAUUUAUUGCUUGAAUUACCUAAUGAAAUGGACAGAAUUUGAAAUUCUGAGACUUUUUCAUAUGAAAAGUAUCAAAGCGUAGCCUAUUGUGAUUUAUUGGUGCACAAUGUACACAAUGUACUGUUUAUUCAGUAACGGAAAACAGCAUAGAUCAAAAGAUCGUAGAUUCACAAAAAUGAGUAUCAAUUAAAAUCGAGAAAAUGCAGAUUUUUUUUUUUACCCAACUCGUAUUUUGUUGUUUUUGUCUUUCGCUGUCACUGCUGGGUGUGGUGUUGAAUAAGAAAUGUGACACAUGGUCUCUGUUCAUCAGUUCUCUUCAUACAUAAAUCAGUCCAUAACCCUAUAUGCUUGUUGUUCAAGUUCAUGAUUAAAAAUGAAAAUGUGAACAAAAAUAAAAGCAAUUAAAUGUGUUAUAAUUAAAAGAUGAAAAUUAAAAUGACGGGUUAUAAUAGAUUUUUUAAAGAAUUGUUAUGACCCUGUCCUUCAAGCGUAGGUGGAAGUACUAAUUCACAGGGGGCGUCAGCGUUAACGCUUCUCAUUUAUUUUGAAUAGGUGAUGUCGUGUGUGGCUGGACUGAAUUGUGGAUCAGUUGUGUCGUGCCACUGGCGUUGCUCACGGCAGACGCUAGCCAUUCACGUUCAUGCAACACUAGACAAGUAAUGUGAUUGGCUAUUGUCACUAUGAUGAUUAUGUCACUAUGUCACUAUGACCAAGCUUCAGACAUGCCCUCCGUUGAGCAUUAACGUGCAAAGGAAGUCAAAAACCCUUUACCAAAAAAGGUAAAACAACUAUGUCGACAACUAUGUUUAUUUAUUUAUUUAUUUUUAGAAAAUGACUGAUCAUUUCGCUAGAUAAGACACUUAUUCUUUGGCUGGGAUUGUGUAGAGUCAUUUGAAACUGCAAUUCGGAUCUUCAACCCAUUGAUCCCCAGUGAAAAAGAGAAAAAUCAUGGAAAGUUUUCCUCAAAAACCUUAAUUUCUUUUUGGCUGAAGAAAGAAAGACAAACAUCUUGAAUGACAUAGGCGUGAGUAAAUUAUCAGGAAUGUUUUAUUCUGGAAGUGAACUAAUCUUUUAAUGCUACGAGCAUUGAAUCUUUGUUUUGGGAGCUGUAAGAACAAGUCCUCCGGAUUGGAAGUUGGUCUGUUGUGGUAUUGCUGGUAGGAUGUGGAUGUCAGGGUUCAUGCUGAGUGACUUCAGAGUCUUUCUUUCUCGUGUAGUCAAGUACGACGUCUUUCAGUUGCAGCAGAGUCUCUCGGAGAAAUUGUCAGUUGUUGUACUAUUCUGCCAUCUCUAAUUGACAGUUUCUCCUGUUUACGUUCACACAGUGAUUGUGAUUGACAGCAGCGCUGAGGCCACUCCAUCAGCGAUUUACUAGCUGCACGGCGGGAUGCUGUGCAAGGUUAAACAGCAGGGAUAAUCUUAUCCUGAGACUGAUGAAGCGUAUUCAUCAGUUAAUGUGAAACAAUGUGCAGUAAUGAAUGAAUGAAUGAAUGAACUCUACCUGACAUUCCACAAUGAGCCAGAUGAAUGAAAGCAGACAUUUAAAGAGAUAGUAAAGCCAAAAAUAGAAAUCCUAUCAUUUAUUAACCUUUGUGGCAGCCCAAAGCUGAUUUUCUUUCUUAUGUGAAACACAAAAGGAUAUUUUUGGGACAUUGGACCCCAUUUACUUAUUAUGUGGUCCAAAAAACAUUUCUGAUUUACAGAAAAAAUAAGGCUUACAUGUUUGCAACAACAUGAGGGUGAGUGAUAAAAUCGAAUGAUGGCAGCAUUUAAGUUUUUGGAUGAGUAUAAAGAAGAUGAGUAUUUUGGACAGUAUAAAGAAGGCACUAUGCUUGUAUUCCGGUGUGCAACGUGAGCCAAGGCCGUGCUCUUUGGGCUGUUACCCAAAGCCGGCAACUUUUUAAACAUUGACUGGGUGAGAGUGGGUCAGAAUGGGCGAGAGUAAGGCCUCGUGUCAGUGUCAGCUCUCCAUUACUAGCUGCAGCCUGUGUAAGCUGUCUAUCACCCUGUCAACACGUCUCUUUCCCCUCAGUGAGCAGAUCUGUUCCAAACGUGAGGUGAUUCCUUCCUUCUACACACAUUUACUGGUUUACUGGUCUUUUUGACUCUGAUCAUUUUGAAUGACACCCCAGAUAGUAUGUGUAUUAUUUUUAAAUAUUGUAUGCCAUGGUUGUAUGUUUAUUAUGUUACACUAGCCUUGAAAAGUCUUCACCUGUAGCAUUUGAAGUAAUACAGUGAUAUUUAUGUUUGCACGAAGGGCUGUCGGCAACAGGACCAAGUCACAUUGAUGCAGCACUCAAAGCUGACUGUUCAUCAAAUUAUAGCCUGGAGUAGCCUGAAUAUUCGCCACUCUUAUGGGAAUUUCUUUUAUAUACUCUUAAAAAUAAAGGUGCUUCACAGUGCCAUAAAAGAACCUUUUUUGUUUAAAUGGUUCCAUAAAGAACCUUUAACAUCUAAAGCGAUGUGAACCUUUUGUGAAACAAAAAGGUUCUUUGUGGCUAAAGAAGGUUCUUCAGAUUAUUAAAAAAGUAAGAAAGAGAUGGUUCUUUGAAGAACCUUUGACUGAAUGGUUCUUUGUGGAACCAGAAAUGGUUCUUCUGUGGCAUCGCUGUGAAGAACCUUUUAAAGAGUGUACAGAGAGAAUUGAUUAAUUUGGUAUGAAGUAUUUGUAGACAUACACACUGCUUUUCAAAGGUUUGGUAUUGGUAAUAAUUUUUUUUGGAGAUAUCUAAAAGAAGUCUCUUAAGCUCUCACCAAGACUGGAUUUGUUUGAUCAAAAAGAAUUCUAUUUUACAGUUUGUAAUAACUGUGUUACCAAUGCUUCUGUAAAACUGUAAAAGUCUUUGCUGUUAGGUUACUUUUGAUCAAUUUAAUGCAUAUAAAUCUUACUGACCCCAAACUUUUGAAUGGUAGUGUAGAUGGAGUGGGUAACAGUUGUUUGAUUUUAUGUUGGAACAUGAUAACUUAGAUACUGAAAGCAGGUGUAUUGGUAAUUACAGUAGUGAUGGUAUUUACGUAUUAAACGGAAGGUUUGAUUUGUAUUGCACUGUAAGAAAAUCUGUAAAACUGAAAAGGUACUGCUUUUAUUUCUGACAGAACAUUAUCUGUUCAGAUUACAGACAUUUCCUUCAACCUUAAAACACAAUGCAAUGCAUAAUUUAUAAUACGGGUAAAACACCAGUGGAAAAUCAAUGCGGAAAUUUCUUUCACAUUAACACAUUUUUACAGACUUUUCUUAGAGUGUGGUAGAUGUUGAAAAAUCAGCAGUUCAACCAAAAUGAUUUUAAUUAUCCAUUUAUGUAAUGUCAUUAAAAAUAAAAG